AUCCGUGCGGAGGAUGUUGGCGGCGGGGAGGAGGCGGAGUUGGGGGAGGCCCGGUUGCUAGAGCAGCCGAGAGUCUCGAGGCGGAGGCCAGCAGCAGGAGCCCCAGCUGAAGAAGCCUGAGGGGGCGGCAGUGGCGCUGCGCCAUGGAAGAUGAUGAAAGUGUGGAACGACCGGAAGAUUUGUUACCAUGCAAAAUUUGUGGAAGGACCUUUUUUCCAAAUGCAUUACGGAAACAUGUUCCCAUUUGCCAAAAAAGUGCUGCUAGAAAAAGAAAAACAUUUGACUCCAGCAGACAGAGAGCUGAGGGAACUGAUAUUUCUACUGUAAAACCUCUGAAACCACGGCCAGAACCCCCAAAGAAACAAUCCAACUGGAGAAGAAAGCAUGAAGAACUCAUAGCAGCUAUACGAGCAGCCAAAGGGGUUGAUCAGGUUAUUAAAGAAGGAGGAAAACUUCCACCACCACCACCACCUACAUAUGAUCCUGAUUACAUCCAGUGCCCGUACUGCCAGAGAAGAUUUAAUGAAAAUGCAGCUGAUCGACAUAUCAAUUUUUGUAAAGAACAGGCAGCUCGUAUUACCAAUAAAGGAAAAGUAGUUACUGAAAUUAAAUGGAAGCUUCCUACUCGAACACAGUACAAAUCAACACCAGUAAAGAAAAUGCCUUCAACAGGAUCAAUAUCGCCUGCUUCUUCGCGUUUACCACAGCCAAGUUCAACUGCAAAUAAAAUUAUGCCACAAAGUGGACCUAUGGGAACCAAAAUCCAGAGUUCUUCUCCAGCUCAUAAAAACCUGGCAAAGACAAGCCCACAAACAGGAGGAUCCUUGAAAUCGAAGAUGGUAGCACCUGGUAAUAUGAACAGAAAUGCUGGUGUGAGCAUAAUGGCAAACAAAAAAAAAGCAUACAGUUCUGAAAGCUACUUAAACAGGACUGGAUAUGAGAGUGGUGAUGGCUCAUCUUCUGUCAAUGGAGGAAGUUCCAAAAGCAAUGAGGGAAACUCACCUGCACAGUUACCAAAAUUCUGUUACGAAUGUGGCGCCAAAUACCCAGUUGAAUCUGCAAAAUUCUGCUGUGAAUGUGGAGUUCGAAGAAUGGUUUUGUGAAUGUUUAUAUACAGCAUGUUUGCUUUGACUGCAUGGAAAUCUCUGUGAUACUUCCUUAUUAGAACUCACACUAAAACACCUUAGUAAUAUUCUGAAAGCAAUGGUUUUUGGUUGCAAAGUAAUUUAUAUAGAUAUAUAAAUAUACUGUAUAUAAAAACAGAGGUACCUAAACUGUGCCAUUGAAGAAGGUAUUCUUGAGAAACUAUUGGAAAUACCUUUAAUGGAUCAAAAUAUUAACCCAAGAAGUAGGAGCAUUCUUGUAAUCUUUCUUUGUAUUAUAUCCAUUGUAAUUUUCCCCCUAAUUUUUGUCCUGAAGCAUCUGGUUUAAAGAACAUGUUCUACUGCAGAAGUAAUUUUACAUGAACAGUACUGGUUUAAAGUAGUAUUACAUCAUAGAAUUUAUUUUAUAUAGACACUGGAUGAUGCUCUUACAAGUCAUCUGAUGGCUUGAUGAGUCCUUAUAAAUCUCAUUAAUCACAGAAAUAGGUUCAAUUUAAAUUGGUUGGUUAAUUCAAAUCUGUUAUUCUAACUGAUCAAUUUAUAUUCUUCUCAAGCCUGCUUCCAAAUGACUAUAUAGUGAUGUGUGUACAGGUAUGUCCCUUAUGUGUGAUGUAAGAUUUCUCCUUUCCAUUUUUCAUGUUUUCUUCUUUAAAUAAAAGUGCUAAGGAUUUCACAUACGUAUCCUCCCUUCAGAAAGGAAGGCAUAAAUGAGAUGUUUGUUGUGAUUUACAUUAUUCCCCCAAUUCUCAAAUAUAGAGAUGUGACUGCAAAAUAAAAGUAAGAAUAGAAAUACCUUGUCAGUUUAUUGAUUUGGAAAAAAUGAGUUUAGACUGAGACACCCAAAAUACAUUUUUGUCUUCAUGCCAUUUUGAACAGCACAUUGAAGGUCUUCCCCUGUCUCAGUAUUAAGAUGAUUCUGUUAAAAUAGUUUACAUUUUGUUUUUUCACUUGGUGAUGAAUCCCACUUCAUUUUAUUAUGUCUUUCCCCCAGAUUAGUUUGUUCAUUUAAUUUUGGACUGCUCCUUCUAAGCCAUUGUCAGCCCAAGAAUAGUAAAAUUUAAGCUUCCAGCCAAGCAUUUUGUAGCAUUGAGCCCAACAGUGCACAUUUAUGAAUCUAGGUUUAAAGUUUGUUUUCAGUAUUUUUAAUUUGUGCUCAGUGUGUCUAUUGCCAACUGGAAAUAUAUUUAUCUGACCACAUUCCUUUUUCCUACUUUUACUUUACAUACACUUCCAUAUGCUUCAUGAUGAAAAAUGGCAGCUCCUGGAUUAUUAGAAUGAAGGUCAUUGGUGUGAAAUUAUAUCUGUGGACCUUAGGUUUUCUUUUAAAAAGCAUUUAAUGUGCAAUGCCCCCACUCAAUUUUGUGCUACUACCCAGUUUGAAUUAUAGAGAAAUAGCUAAUACUAUGCUGUUGUAUAAUGUUUAGUGGGUGUGUUUAUAAUAGCUAUAUAUAGUGGAACUGAACUGAUAAGGAAGCGAGAGACCAUGAUGUAUAGAAUUGUGGGGGGUUGGGAGGUUUGUGCGCACGCAUACACACACACACAUUACUGUAUCCUUUUCUUAUGUAUUCCAUCCAGAUAUUUUUUUAAAUCUUCAUUAUGAAGAUUUCAUCUGGUACCCAGAUGGCCAGUUUUGCUUUCUAUCUAUGAUGUUAUAGACUGUUAGAAUUUUAGAGGGAGAGGGGGCAUUAAAAGUACAGUACUUUAGCAGUUGCACUUUGAAAAUAUGGAUUUGGAGUAAUGAGGUAUUAAUUGUUAAUACUGAUUUUUGAUGAUCAUUCUGCAAUGGGUAUGAUCAACCUGACUUGAUUCAACAGUUGAAGCCACCAUUUUAAGAUUUUAUUUAGAGUGAAUGUUUUAUAUGGGCUUGUCUGUGCUAGAAAUUUAAAAAGUAUCAGUAAAUGGGUCCUAGCUAAGCAUUAUGAAAAUAUAACUGAUGUUAGCGGAAGAUAUCAUCUUUGAAUCAAUUAGCUGUUUUGUAUCCUUUCAUGAUAAGUGUUCACUGUCUUUACAUUUCAGUUGUUAUUUUAUAAUUGGGAUCAAUUGAGGAUGGACCAAUAUGUUUCUGAAUGGGUCCCUACCCCAUUUUCUGUUUAGACCUACAAAGCUCCUCCAUUUUGUGAUAAAGAUUUCACUGGUGAGGGACAUUUAAAAAGAUGUAACACAGGGUUCCAUGCAAUGGCUGGAGAUUCUCAGGGUCCCAGUUUUUGGGCAUAAUUCUCUAUUUGAAAAGCAUUCUUGACAUUUGACAUCAAGAGUAGACUUGAGUCAAAGGGGAAUAUGAGAGGCAUCCAGACCUUCCUUGUAUGUGCAGCCAUUAUAAGCAUGCACAGAGCUGUGAUCCUAGCCAGAUACUAAAGUUCAGAGGUAUUUUUGUCCUCUCCUGUAAUCCUUAGAAGAAGAAGAAAGUUUCCCAAAACAUUCCCUUUGGCUUUUUGUUACCUAGAAAGUGGAUUAAAUCAACAUUAUUCUUACAUGAUAGCAAGGUAAAGGGUUUAAUUCAAACAAUCAGUGGGGAUUUUACCACUGACCUUUAGGAGAACUGGGUUGUAUUUUUAAAUUUACGAGUAUGUUGGUAUUCUUGAAACAGCUAUCUAACUGGGGUUUUUUAAAAAUGUAUAUGGACACUACAUCAGACAUAUUAUUCUACAUCAUGUACACACUAGCCUUCGCAGAGAGACAAGCUCAUUAUAUUUAACAAUUCACUCAGGGUUGUUUCAUAUUUUUAAUCACAGGGAUUAAUCUCCAUGUUUGAAUAUAUUGUUCUAAUGACAGUGACACAGAGACCAGUCUUUGUACCUGAAAAGGAAAUGUGUAUUCAAACCUUAUGGUGAAAUACUAACUAGAGAUGUUCUGUUUUGGCCAUCAGUUAUUUGGUGAUAUUUCACGUGUAUCUUCAUUCACCAAAGAUCCAAUAUAAUUGUAUUGUGUUUUCUUGUGUUUCUACAGAUGUUUUAUUACACAUACCUAACAACACAUAUUUCGUGUUGAAUCUGCCUAGUAUCUUCAGUAUAUUAUAUCAUUGUUUUUGUUCUCUUGUAAUUAGCAAGAAUGAUUUCUACCAGUUAUGUGACCUUUUUACUCUUUGUUGUACCUAUGUUUGUUCCCCCCCCCCCACGUUCAUUUUCACUGUAAACAGUCUGUAAAUGCUUAAUAUGUUACCUAGUCCUUUGUUUAAAAUAAAAUAACUUGUUGCAUACAGA